GAGGUAAGUGGGCUGAAUCUGGCCACAGCCCACGUUCUAUCUGCAGACGGAAGAUACUUCAUUCCGACCUUGGAAACGAGCCCUGAUGACACAUUUUACCUCGAUCUAAAGAGAACACCAGGAGCGCAUUUGGACUAGGCUUACACUCACUUUGAUUUCAAAGGUUUUUAGCUUCAAGUACAAAGGGCAAACAUCAAGGCGAUGAGUGUCUCUCUGCUCAAUUUUCCCCCAUUCUGCCUUUCUUUCUCUAUACUCUCUCUUCAAUAGUCCUUACCCUUAAUCAACAAGAUGAUAAACUGGAUUUUGGGUGACAAAUUCUAUGCGAUUUAUCCGCACAAGAACUCAAUCAAGGGUUUGUGGGAGUCGAAAUGGGAAGCAGCUUGCCUAAAAGCCGUCUACCCUUUCCAUGACGGUGCUUUCGAAGAUUUUAAGCCCAUCUUCGAAACCCUCAUUGCCGAGAAUAUCAAUGACGCGUACACGGACGAAUAUACAAACGCAUUUCUGCCCACAGCAAAGGCACUCGAGACCAAGGCUUUCGAAGCUGCAGAACGCGGUAUUUGGGAUAAAGCAGCAGAGUACUACCGCCGUGCAGCAGUAGUAUAUCGCAUCUCACGCUUCCCCUACGUUAGUACCAUCACUGAAGGCAAUACUGUCACAAGCCCUCUCAAGCGUGCCGCCUUCGAUCGCCAAAAAGAAGUCUACCUCAAAGCCGCUUCUACAUGGAGUCCGCCCAUCAACGAAGUAAUCAUCCCUCACAAGUACCGUGCGGGCAAGGAUGGCGAGACCAUCCCACUACUUAUUCGCAUUCCACAGCAAGCGGAUAUAACCAACCAAGUCCCCGUCGUCCUACUUAUGACCGGUCUAGACGGAUAUCGAUGCGACAAUUCUCAGCGCACCCACGAACUUGUUGGUCGCGGAUGGGCAACUGUCAUCUGUGAAAUUCCAGGUACAGCAGACUGCCCUGCUGAUCCUGCCGACCCAGAAUCAGUUGAUCGGCUGUGGAACUCUGUGCUGGCGUAUAUUGCCUCCAGACCAGAGUUCAAUCUCAAGAAAAUUGCUGCAUGGGGUUUGAGUGCUGGUGGUUAUUAUGCUGUUCGAGCUGCUUCGACUCAUCGCAACCAAUUUUUGGGUUGCGUAGCACACGGACCGGGUACUCACCAUUUUCUAAGCGAAAAGUGGCUAGAAAGGAUUGAUGAUCAUGAGUACCCAUUCAUAAUAUCCAAGGCCAUGGCUGAGAAAUUUGGCUUCCAGAACGUGGAAGAUUUCAUAAAGGAUGGACAAAACAAGUUUUCACUACUAGAAAAUGGCAUUGUGAAAAAACCUUCAUGCAGGCUUCUAUUGUUGAAUGGUAUCGAUGACGGUGUAGUUCCAAUCGAAGACUCUUUGAUACUGUUCAACCAUGGAAGUCCCAAGGAAGGCCGUUUUGUUGAGAAAUUGGCACAUAUGGGCUAUCCAGACACCCUGGCCGUGGCAUACGAGUGGUUCGAGAAUCUUCUAACCAAGGGAGAUAAUCCAGGAUUGCGAAACUGAGGUAUGCUACACAGGGUGGGGAGAGAUACUGCAUUUGGUCCUUAUUUGCAUUGUUAUUUCGUUUUUUCAUUUUCAUUUUACCUAUCGAAACAUUACCGAGCCCUGCUGGAGGGUAAGUGAGGAGAUUGGAACAGACGGUACGUAUUUAGGACGCACUUUCAUUUUGUAUUUAGCUGUCGCAAGUCAUUAUUGAAUUAAUUAUUCUCUAUAUUUC